AUGGCGGUCACAACGAAGCAGCGGCUUUCUGAUAUGCUGGAUGCUGACCUCAGCAAGGCAGAUGUGCAGGAUAUGGAGGAAGAGAUGAUCUCCAGUAAGCCUAGUACCUUUUCCGACUGGCUACAGGCAGCAUCCAUUGAGGAGAUGAAGGCUUCUCUCAAGUCCCUGCUUUCUGUAAGCAAUGGACAGGCCCUCGAGCAGAUGAAAGCCGUCCUAGAGGAAGAUCGGGCGCACCAAGACUGGGUGCAGAAUCAGGAGAAGGUUUGGAAGGAGUCGCAUGAAAUGAAAGCUGCUGACGCUCCUGUGGCCACAAGCAAGAAGGAGGAGGUAGAGCCUUUGAUGGACGCUCGGGACGUGCAGAAUCAGGUAAUCACAAGCUACAUGGACGCACCGCAUUAUUCCUAUGAUGACCUCUACGGAUACUCCUUGGGCUUUUUGCAAGGGCAGGGCCUGGAUGCAGAGCUGAUGAAGAACGAAGAGUUGGUGCUGGCUGAUUGGUUGGACGACAACAUGGUCCUUUUGGCGAAGGUGAUGUGCAGCGCAAGCCUCACUGCUGCGCACAUGCUUCCUGACAUCAAAGGAAAAGCCAAGUGGAGAAGCCUGACAGAUUGCGAACCCAUCACGGCCAGGGACUUUGCCAAGCACCAUUACAUCAAGCUCAGCGUUUUUUGUCUUCAGACUUUUCACUUGGUGUUGGUUAACUGUGAGAUUUUACAAUGGCCAUGUGUGGCCGCAUGUCUCGAGUGA